UACUGUCAGACUACAUCCAGUCGGUUUGAUGUUUACAUGCAGCAAAUGAAUUAGUUUCAUAACAGUGUUCGAUUGUACUUGAUUUAAAACACAAUUGUUUGACUAUUUUUUAAACGAGAAACAUGCCUCUCCCAGCAGCAUUAUUAGCUAAAUUAGCUAAGCGAGGAAUAAUUCAAGGCAAAGAUGAUAAAAAGGAACCGAAGAAAAGGGUACAUGAAGAAAUCAUUGCCGAAGAUUAUGAUGUUGUUAAAGAUGACUUUGAUGAAGUGGAUAUCAGUCAAAAGUUCAUGGGAUAUCCAGCAUGUCCAAAUAAAUACAACAUCUACCACGAUUGUUCAAAAAAAUGUAAGGAAUUGUGGGGAAAAGGACAUCCCCAACCUUCAGAAAAAUAUCUCAAGAGACAAAUGAAAUUGCUUCAAAAAUAUCCAUUACCUGAAACUUGGAAAGCUGUUUAUGAUGUUGGAAGCGGAAUACAUUAUUAUUGGGAUUGGUCUUCUGAUUUGGUUUCAUGGUUUCCACCAGGUCAUCCGAAAUGUCAAAUUUCUCAGCCUGCAUCUCAACUAAGAGAAGAGUUACACCUUAAAGAGGCUGAAAAAGAUGAUGAUCAUUCAAGCGAUGAAAGUGGUAGUGAUCAGGAAACAACAGAGGUUGAAGAACCAAAACGCUAUAAAAAAGACAGCACAGAUAGAUUGACUAGUGAAAAAUCAGAUCUAGACAGAAUGGAUCGUGAAAAACCGGAUAGAGAGAAAUCAGAUCGCGAUAGAUCAGACAGACACAAAAGCGGCGACAACAGAAGGUUCCAUCACAAGAACAGGGAGAACACUAAGAAAGAUAGAACGCUAGAUCCUAUGGACCCAGCUGCUUACAGCGAUAUACCAAGAGGUAAAUGGUCAGAUGGUUUAGUGAGAGGAAACGAAGCCAAAACUGGAGUCGACAGUACAGCUACUGGUCCGCUCUACCAAAUGAGACCUUACCCUAGCCCCGGUACCGUUCUAAGGUCGAACAAAGCUAACAAAGAGUCAGAUGACAAAGACGAAGAAUCGGAAUAAAUCAAUAUACAUUCCAGACGGAGCAUGACUCAAUGAAAAAAAACUGUUACUCAUAAGAUUAAUCAAUGUAUAAUGAUUAAAAAUUAAAUUAGAUGUAAAUAAUCUGAUACAAUAUUAUGGCACAUAAUACAAAUGUAAAUAUAAUAAUAAUGAUAAAUGUAAAAAACGUGAAUAAACUUGUUGAAAUACAAAAAAUCGACGUUUACCAUAUGGCUACAUAAGACUGAAGAAAAAAAACCCUAACGCAUCGUAUGAAGCUACGAAUAUUUACAUGGAUUACGUAAAACAUAAAAUAUCGUU